CUUUGCUUGCUUUUUGUGGGGAUGCAACACGACAGCAAGGAGCGCGCCCAUCGCUGCUGCAAAGAAAUUCUGAUUCAGGGAAAGUGGAGGAGGAAUAAUCUGCAGCUGAAGCGUCAAACACAGUAGAACUAGAGAUAAACAGGGAAGCAGAAGCGCCUCAAGAGCAAUCCCAAAAGUGGGAGAAGGGAAUAGUCAGUGACUAAUUCCAGGGGAAGGAGCCUACCGAGAAGGAAAGAUCAAGGAAGGAGCACAAGAUGUUCUCCACUGUUUGCUCUGAAGCAACACCCUUCCAGCCUGAAAUCAACUUCCCUUAAAGUACCAAUGAACUAGAACGGUAUUUACGCUUGCUUCUUUUGUUCACAACUUCCAGAAUGACUCAUUCUGCAGUUCCAUCUUACCGGUAAAAGAAAGUCUGUCACACAGUUAAAUUAGAACAGCCACUGUGUUACCUUUCCAAUCAUGCCCGCUUCAGAAAUGUGGUUUGCCAGCUCUUGCCUCGAAGCAGACACCUCGAAGUUCUGCGUUAGAGCUCACACUUUGCAGCUUGGUGUUCUGCAGACUGAUGUUGUUGUUCUCAGGCGUCAUCUCCAACUUGUGGCGGCCCCGUGGAUGAGUGCCCCCCACAACGUCCUGUUCUGUUCCACUCUUGUACACGCAAGGCUGCGGCCCCCUGGAUGGAGCGAUCGCCUCGUGUUCGGCCUUCCUGUGCUGCCUCUGCCUUUGACGUUCCCUUGCAGGGUUGGCUUCUCCGUGGAGUCUGGCCUGCUCAUGACGUGCGGAAAGUAUCACAGCUUGUCAUUUUCACUUCCAGGGAAGGAUCAGAGCCUAGCCAGGAAGCGGACGAGGACUUCAUUGAGCAAGCCGUGAGUGCCUUUGAGAGCCGCCUGAAGGACUGCAAUUCCAGCAGAGAAGAGCUGAUGCAGAACCAGCGACGUUUGGAGGAGACCUUACAGGAAGCCGCGGUCCAGAGCAAGCGCUCCACCUUUGUACACGACCACAUUCAGGUCUUAAUAUUCCAGGUCAAUCCUCAGGAUUUUCCAGGGUUGCGGGUCAGCAGUGACAACUUAAUGCAGUUCAACUCUUCAGUGAAGAUCCGAACUCGGCAUUCCAUGUAUUUCCCCACUGCGCUUACUGAUGUUGCCAGAGACAAGCAUGUGACAGGGAUGCAGCUCACCUGCAUUUACCUCAAAGCUCCCUGCCUCUUCCAGGAUGGCAAGAACAGUUCCCUCCUGAAUGAUGACGUUUUGGGGGCCACGCUUGGGAACACUCACGUUGCCAACCUCAGUCAACCCGUGGAGAUCCAGUUCUGGCACAACCACUCGCUGGCCAGUCUCAACAUGACCUGCGUCUUUUGGCUGGAAGGAACAGAAAAGGGCGACUGGGGGAGCUGGCGCUCGGAUGGCUGCCGAACGAACACCAGCCGGGAGGGCAUCGUCCUUUGCCAGUGCAACCACCUCACCUACUUUGCCGUCCUCCUGCAAUUCUCGCCAGCCCCUGUGGAUGCCUCUUUGUUGCCCCCUCUGAUGUAUAUCACGGACAUCGGCUGCGGUAUUUCGGCUUCUGCUUGCUUGCUCACCAUCCUCUUCUACACUUUCUCCAGGGAAAGCCAGCCUUCCUCUACCACAAAAAUCCACAUGCAUCUGGUGGGGGCCCUCUUCUUUCUCAACCUGUCAUUCCUGCUCAGCAAAUUCCUGGCACGCGUGUCUCCGCCAUGGCUGUGCGCAGGUGCUGCGAUUUUCCUGCACUAUUCCCUGCUCGCCUGCUUGACCUGGAUGGCUCUUGAGGGGUUCCAUCUCUACGUUCUCAUGAUCAAGGUCUACAACUCGUACAUAAGGCGUUACCUGCUUAAACUGUGCUCUUUUGGAUGGGGGUUGCCAGGCCUAGCAGUGAUGGCUUUCUCUUUGAUCAAGAGCAGUAUUUAUGGCCCCUACUGCGUCAACACCAGCUCUGCUGACCAUGAACGUGCCAUAUGCUGGAUCGUGUCUUCCACCGUGCGCUACAUCAACCUGGCUUACUUCAGUGCCGCCAUACUCUUCAACAUGGCUGUCCUGUGCGUGGUGGUCCGGAGGGUGAGGCUGCUGAAAACCAGCCUGCCCCAUCGGCAGAAGGCGUUUUCCUGCAAGGACCUAGUGACGGUCCUCGGGUUGACAUGCCUCCUGGGCGCCACCUGGACCUUGGCUUUCAUCUCCUUUGGGAAACUGACGAUCGUACAGAUAUACCUCUUCACUAUCUUCAACUCACUGCAAGGUUUUUUCAUAUUCGUCUGGUAUUGCUAUCUGAGGUGUCAUUCACAAGGGGACUCUUUACGGGGGACCUCCUCUCGUUUGUCCCAGUGAACUCUCAACAUCACGGCUUCAGUGGACACGCGACUCCACAGUGCGAGGCCGCUGGGCCAGUGGCUGCUGCCGGCUCCUUCCGGGCUGCACCGAGAUGCAAAGGAACCUGGAUGGCCCUGCAGGGCACGACGGACGGGGCCCAGUGGGGCCCCAUCGCAACGCCCUGGCCCCGCUUGCUUUGCAGGGCUGCGCUCAGCUCGAGAUCAAGUCCAUGGAAACUGGAAGGAUGCGUCCAGAGAGGACGUCUCCCAACCCAACUGCAGGUACCUGGUGCGGAAGUGGACUUCCCCAGGGGCCGAAUACCGGCAGGAGCGCCCUCAUCGCCGUGCAAAGCACUUGGGGAUGGCUUGGUCUCGAACAGGCUGCUAAGCCUGAUGAAAGACGGCUAGGGAUGAACGCGGCCAGCGUCGCCUUCCUGCUCCAGAUCCACGCAGCCGCCUGCGCUGUCAGAUUCUCCUGGGACCUGCCCCCUGGAUACCCGCAGUUCAAAAUUCACUGCUGCCCCUCUGCCUCCAGGGACCCUUUCUCAUGAAGCCAUUUCACCAUUUAUCAUGCUUUCUCGUGUGCAAAAUUGUGCUUUGAUCAUGCCCGGCUACCUGAAAAUACUUCAGGUAUCAGCGCCGUAGCAAAGGAGCCCUCCUUUUCUCAGCUUGUUACAGAAACACACGGUUCACGGUUAAGCAUCUCAUUUGAUGAACUGGGUGGCACAGAAUUCCUAUAAAAUGAAUCACAGAAGUCCUAUUGAAGGAAAUAGAAAUUUCACGCCUGCACAAUAAAGGAAGCAAACACCAGGUAUAAUUUCUCCAAGGCAGGACAGCUUUACCUGUGAGUAGGGAGACUGUCUUUCCCCAACAUCAGAAGCGACCCCUACCAAGCAGAACCGUCCUUCCAUUUUGCUUCCAAGCAUGCAUGGACCCUAGAUUUGCUUGUGAUGUGUGUUUGGACUUUUGUCCCCACCACUGCACCCUUUUCCGAGCAGUGUAUAAAUCCCACUGACGUGAUUGUUUGCCCUUUACUCUGGCAGUGGCUUCCCUCACAACCUCCUCAGUUCCACCUGUUCUGCUUUUGCACCUCAGCCUCUACCCACAAGACUGACACGACUCUAUGUCCAUCUCUUGAAAAGUACUCCUCCUUUGUAAAUUCACAAGUCUCUUUGUGUUUGCACAGCAAACUAAUAGACAGCUUUUCAUAGAAUCCUAUAAUCCUAAAUAGUAGAGUUGGAAGGGGCCAGGAAGGCCGUCAGGUCCACCC